AUGUCCCUUACCAAACCCGCGAUGGACUGCUCACAUACAUUCCUAGGACCUGAGAUCAUCCUUCAGAAGCAGUUUCGACCACCCGUUGACAAGGUCACAAUCGAGGUCCCGGCAGGCCUGAUCGAUGCCGGAGAGACAGCAGAAGAAGCGGCUGUCCGGGAGCUUAGGGAGGAAACAGGUUAUGUGGGUAAGGCGUCCGCUACAUCACCUAUUAUGUUCAACGACCCUGGCUUCUGUAACACAAAUUUAAGGAUGAUUCACGUCACAAUCGACACGAGCCUACCCGAAAACCAGGAUCUGAAGCCGGAGCUGGAGGAGAAUGAAUUCAUUGAGGUCUUCUACGUACCUUUGGCUACUCUCUGGGACGAACUGAAGAAGCUCGAGGCAGAUGGAUUUGCGAUCGACGCUCGGGUAGGGACGCUGGCUGAGGGUAUCGAGUUGGCGAAGGCCUUCAAGUUCUGA